UAACAACCCAAGCAAACCCGUUGUUGUGGCGAUGGAUGAUGGUGGUGAUGAGUGGGAUGAAGGUGGUGGUGAUGUGAGUGAGGGUGAGGAGAACGACGACGUUGUUGACGACGACGGAGAGGAAGACAAUGCAGGAAACAGUGAUGAUGAUGAAAACAGCGGAGAGAAAAAGGACGAGGGCGGAGAUGACGGUGACGAAGAAGAGGAGCAAGAGGGUGCUGAAGAUGAGGAUGAUGCAUUUGCAUUCGAUGGCAUGGACGAGGAGGUGCAGAAGCUGCUAUCCUUUGAUGCAUUGAAACAAGCGGCAAAGGAACUGACCACGUUCCCGCGCAUCCCAGGGCCCGCGGCAGUGCUGUUGGAGCGAAGUAAUGACCUGUACAAGGCUGGGCAGUAUGCCACGGCGCUGCGGUCUUACUUGCGCACCCUCAAGGAGGCGGAAUCCGGCCUGGAGACGUACCUUGUUCUCGUCACGCUCCUCAACGCUGGAGAAUGCAGCAUGCACGUCACAGAACCCGACCUCAAGGCCCUCGGCGAGAGCCUCCUUCGUCGUGCCAUGGACCAGAUUGACCAGAACCCUGGGCCGCAGGCACGCGCGUCGUGUCAUGAGUACAUCGUACAUGCGGCGCGAUACUGGUGGGCGGCGGAACUGAAGCUGCCAGAGCCCCCAAAGAAGACAAAGAAGAAGAGGAGAAAGGGGUCGAAGAAAGGCGGCAAGGGAAAGAAGAAACUCACCAAGAAAGGCUCCAAGAAGAAUAAGAAGAAGAAGACAUAGAUGCGCGGCGUGAGGGCGACAUGGAAAACGCCAGCGUGUGUGUGGACUCGCACAUGCCCCUCUCCACUUGCCCUGUGUCAUCAUUCACUGACACCUUCUGACCGUGUUACGUUUGCGACCAUGUUACGUGUCACGCACGAACCAACAACAGCAACUGCAUCACUGCCCACCACCUUCCUUUCCUUGGUUCCUUGUCUUGACUUUGAGCUCGCGCAUGUCGCGCCCAUUGCGUUGUUAUGUGACAGUCACCUUAUCUUGCUCUUGUUACAUCCCAGCCCACACUCGCCUGUCGGCAUGCAAUGUGGUAAUAACCACAAGUGCUCUUUCCUCCUUUCUCAGUCUCCAUUGUAAACGACCACGACACACA